UAGUUACGUUUAUGUUCACAGCAACGGUUCAAUUGGGUUGACAAAAAUCGUGGCCCCCAGGAGUUGUCGACCAGGUUGUAGAAUAAUUCUCUUAUGUUCAGUCGCUCGCACACAGCCCAAAAAUUUCUGUUGGAAAGAUCAUCCAAAAGUCUCAGGGUUUGGUUGAUUUCUACGGAAUACAUUUACAUACAACAAAUAUACAUAUAAAAUGCGUGUAUAAAUACGUAGAGAUAUAAGUGUAUGGUGUCUAGGUACUAAUGGCGGAGGAGGGAUCGGAGAAGGAGAAUGGGGGUUCAGCUUCUAUGGACUCGAUGGAGUCGCGGUGGGUGUAUGAGGACGUGUGGGAGUCGGAGAUCGACGACGGACUUGCUGACGGCGGUGCUACCGAGGAGGGAAAUUUUCCACGCAUGGAUUCUGACGAUGAGGAUACCGCGGAGCAGAAGCUAAUUCGUACCGGCCCUCAUAUUGAUUCGUUUGAUGUUGAGGUUCUUGAAGUUCCUGGCGCUCAAAGGAAUGACAUUGAGGAUGUCACCAUGGGCAGGAGACUUAUACUGGCUUUUCAGACACUUGGUGUCGUCUUUGGUGAUGUGGGGACAAGUCCACUAUACACCUUCAGUGUGAUGUUCAGCAAGGCACCAGUCAGUGGGAAUGAAGAUAUUCUUGGUGCACUGUCACUAGUUUUGUACACCUUAAUUCUGUUUCCAUUGAUCAAGUAUGUCCUCAUUGUUCUCUGGGCCAAUGACAAUGGUGAAGGUGGUACAUUUGCUUUGUAUUCAUUGAUUUGUAGGCAUGCUAAAGUUAGUCUUCUCCCUAACCGACUUCCAUCAGAUACUCGUAUAUUCAGCUUCAGACUUAAGGUUCCAUCUCCAGAACUAGAAAGGUCAUUGAAAUUAAUGGAAAGACUUGAAGCAUCUCUUUUUCUGAAAAAGCUUAUUCUGAUGUUGGUUCUUGCUGCUACUUCAAUGGUGAUAGCUGGUGGUGUUGUUACACCUGCAAUGUCAGUGAUAUCUGCUGUUGAUGGCUUAAAGAUUGGAGUUUCUGGGAUAAAGCAAGAUCAUGUGGUGAUGAUCUCGGUUGCAUUUCUUAUAAUUUUGUUUAGUGUACAGAAAUAUGGAACAAGUAAAGUAGGACUCAUAGUUGGUCCUGCCUUGUUCAUAUGGUUUUGUUCUCUUGGAGGCAUUGGCAUAUACAACCUUCUUAAGUAUGAUACCAUGGUCUUGAGGGCAUUUAAUCCAGUUCACAUCUAUUAUUUCUUCAAGCGAAAUUCUACAAAGGCUUGGUAUUCCCUUGGGGGCUGUCUUCUUUGUGCAACAGGUUCUGAGGCAAUGUUUGCAGAUCUUUGCUAUUUUUCCGUGAGAUCUGUACAGCUUACCUUCAUGUUUCUUGUGUUACCUUGCCUUCUGUUGGGCUACCUGGGUCAAGCUGCUUACCUCAUGGAGAAUCAUGCUGAUACAACCCAAGCUUUCUUCUCUUCUAUUCCAAGUGGAGCUUUCUGGCCUGUCUUUCUCAUAGCUAAUGUAGCAGCAUUGAUUGCAAGUAGGACUAUGACUACGGCAACUUUCUCAUGUAUUAAACAAUCAACAGCACUUGGUUGCUUUCCUCGCCUUAAAAUAAUUCAUACCUCACGGAAAUUCAUGGGUCAGAUUUACAUCCCAGUCAUGAACUGGUUUCUACUGGUUCUGACCCUGAUUUUAGUCUGCACCAUUUCCAGUAUUUACGAGAUUGGGAAUGCUUAUGGCAUUGCUGAACUUGGAGUGAUGAUGAUGACUACAAUCUUAGUAACUCUUGUAAUGCUUCUUAUAUGGCAGUUAAAUAUCCUUGUGGUGCUGAGCUUUGUUAUAAUUUUUUUGUGGUUGGAGUUGACGUUCUUUUCGUCUGUUUUAUCAAGUGUGGGAGAUGGAAGUUGGAUCAUAUUGGUGUUUGGCAUAGUGAUUUUCUUAAUAAUGUACAUCUGGAACUAUGGAAACAAUAUAAAGUAUGAAACUGAGGUCAAGCGAAGGAUGUCUAUGGAUCUGAUGCGGAAGCUGGGUCCUAACUUGGGAACGGUCAGAGCACCUGGCAUUGGCUUGCUUUACAAUGAACUUGCGAAGGGAGUACCAGCUAUAUUUGGACAUUUUCUUACCACACUUCCUGCUGUGCAUUCUAUGAUCAUAUUUGUAUGUAUAAAAUAUGUUCCUGUUCCUGUUGUGGUUCAAAGCGAAAGGUUUUUGUUCCGUCGAGUCUGCCCGAAAAGCUACCACAUAUUUCGUUGUGUUGCCAGAUAUGGUUACAAGGAUGUUCGCAAGGAAAACCACCAGACCUUUGAGCAAUUGCUGAUUGAGAGUCUUGAGAAGUUCAUUCGCAGGGAAGCUCAGGAAAAGUCACUGGAGAGUGAUAGUGAUGAAGACUUAGAUUCUGAAGAAGAGAAUUCUUUCUCGAGGGUUCUAAUAGCUCCCAAUGGGAGUGUUUAUUCGCUCAGUGUACCUCUCUUGGCCGAGUUUGAGGACAUGACCAAGUCCAUAUCAGAAGCAAGCACUUCAGAAGAGGUGAAGGCAGAGCCUUCAACUGAUCCAUCUUUUCUCGAUGCAGAGCAAAGUCUUGAUAAGGAACUGUAUUUUAUACGCAAAGCUAAAGAAGGUGGGGUUGUAUAUCUUCUUGGUCAUGGAGAUAUUCGAGCGAGGAAGGAUUCAUGGUUUAUUAAGAAGCUUGUCAUAAAUUAUUUCUAUGCUUUCUUGAGAAAAAAUUGCAGGAGGGAAAUUUCAAAUUUGAGCGUUCCACAUUCCAACCUAAUACAAGUCGGAAUGCAGUACAUGGUCUAAAGAGAGUGUCAUAAAAAGAAGGUUUUUUUUUGUUCUCAGCAACUCAACAAGGAAUUUUACUGCCAAAAGAAGAGCAACUACUGUAACUUUUACUAUUGAUGUGGUUACACUUUUGGGUACGGCCAAAUGAUUGUUAUGUUCAUAGUUUAUGCUUCUCAGGCUCUGCAUUAGCCAGUUGUUGGAGCUUUCAUAUUUUCAUAAUGGGAAAAUUUAUUUAUAUGCUCGUGCUCUUAUAUGUAUCAUUAUAGUUUUCAAGUAUGGAUUGUUGUAAUUACCAUUUAAUACAAAUACAAUUAUUGGUAGUGCAA